AUGGACUUCGUGGAAUUAGAAGCCAUAGAAGGCCUCCGAUGGUCCUGGAACUCCUGGCCGUCUUCCAAAGCCGACCAAGCCGCUCUCGUCAUCCCCCUCGCCGUCAUGUGCACGCCGUUAAUGCAACAAGCCGAGCUCCCUCUCCUCCCCUACGACCCCGUCACCUGCUCCCAAUGCGGCGCCGUUUUGAACCCCUACGCACGCGUCGAGUACACCUCCCGCAUCUGGUUUUGCUCCUUGUGCCUCCACAAGAACACCUUCCCCCACUCCUACUCCAACAUCGGCGACACCAAUCUUCCCGCCGAGCUCUUCCCCACUUACAGCGCCGUCGAGUACGCCCGAGCCGCCGCGCCGCCGCCGCCGCCGAGCCACAACUGGUCAGGCGCCAACGGCGUGCUCUUGUUGUCGUCGUCGUCGUCGCUGUCGUCGAUGGUGUCGUCGUCGCCGAACUCCGGGUCGGACGAUCCGCGAGGGAUCCGACCCGCGUUUGUGCUCGUCGUUGACGUGGCCACGCCUAGGGAUGAGCUGGCGGCGCUGAAGAAUGAGCUGCUGCUUGUACUGGAGCAACUGCCGGAGACUGCUUUGGUGGGGCUAGUGACGUUUGAUUCCAUGGUGCGUGUUCAUGAUCUUGAAUUCUCCGACUGCUCCAGAGUGGUUGUGCUUCACGGAGAACGGGAGCUUUCGCCGGUUCAGAUUCAACAAUUUCUGGGAAUUAAUAGGACUAAGCAGCAGCAAAUGGGAAAAAUGCCUUUUUCCCAAAAGCAAGGGUUCUUGCUACCAGUAUCCGAGUGUGAGUUCAACAUUUCAACUGCAAUAGAAGAAAUCCAGUCUCCAGUAGUCAAGCCUGGCCAUCGCCCAGGAAGGUCAACAGGAGCAGCAAUUUCAGCUGCACUUGGACUUUUGGAAGGAUGCUUGGUGAGCACUGGCUCUAGGAUCAUGGUCUUCGCAUCUGGACCUGCAACUAUAGGCCCGGGAAUUAUUGUAAGCUCUGAUCUUGGUUAUUCCAUCCGAACUCAUCGAGACCUGAUCAAUGGUCAUGCCCCUUAUUAUAGUAAAUCUUGCAGCUUCUACGCUCAACUGUCACAGAGGUUAACUGAUGCAUCUAUUGUCCUCGAUUUGUUUGCUUGUUCUCUUGAUCAAGCUGGCUCUGCAGAGCUUAAGGACCCUAUUGAGAGAUCGGGUGGUUUCAUGAUGCUAGGUGAGUCCUUUGAGUCGAUUGAGUUCAGAAAAUGUUUGCGGCAAAUUUUCACUCGUGAUGAAGAGGGAUAUUUGAAGAUGUAUUUUGAUGCAACUAUUGAGAUAGUGACCACUAAAGAUGUUAAAAUCUGUGGAGCCCUAGGUCCUUGUGUAUCUCUUCGGAAAGUUAACAAUUUAGUAAGUAGCAGUGAGAUCGGUGAGGGUGGUACCUAUAUAUGGAAGUUAGGUACUAUUACCAAUAAAACAUGCAUCACUUUUUUCUUUGAAGUUAGUGAUGAGCAGAAAGUUCAACCUGGGUCGGCAUUCUUCAUACAAUUCAUAACACGAUACCGACAUGGGAACAUGGGAAUCCGGAAACGGGUGACUACUGCUGCAAGAAGAUGGGUUGGUAACCGUUCACCAGAAAUUGCUGCUGGGUUUGAUCAAGAAACAGCUGCUUCUGUGAUGGCCAGGCUUGCUAUUCACCGAGCUGAGACCUGUUUUGCUCGAGAUGUUAUUAGAUGGCUGGAUGACACGUUGAUCCAAUUUGCUUCAAAAUUUGGAGAUUAUGUGGAGGAAGAUCCAUCUUCUUUCCGCUUGGCAUCCAACUUCUCUCUUUUUCCCCAAUUCAUGUAUUACUUGAGGAGGUCUCAGUUUAUUGAUGUCUUUAAUAGUAGUCCUGAUGAGACAGCUUUCUUCCGGCUGAUGCUGAACCGUGAGGGCGUAGUGGGUUCUCUUAUCAUGAUCCAGCCUACACUUCUCCAAUAUUCCUUUGAUGGUCCACCUAUUCCAGUCCUCCUGGAUGUUCGCUCCAUCGCUCCAGAUGUUAUCUUGCUCUUUGAUUCUUACUUUCAUGUGGUUAUUCACUAUGGGUCGAAGAUUGCUCAGUGGAGGAAGCUUGGUUAUGACAAGGAUCCAAAUCAUGAGAAUUUGAGGAAGCUGCUGGAAGCCCCAGAAAUUGAUGCACAGCAGUUGGUGGCUGACCGUGUUCCUGCACCGAAGCUCAUUAGAUGUGAUCAGCAUGGUAGCCAGGCAAGGUUUCUUCUUGCAAAGUUGAAUCCAUCAGUUACCCAGAAUUCAACAUACACAGAUGGCUCUGAUAUUAUCUUGACUGAUGAUUUGAGCUUGCAAGUAUUUUUAGAUCACUUGCAGGGCCUGGCCGUGCAAAGCUGAUGAGGAGGAACAUUGUAAAUAGCUUUUUUGAUCAUCUGUUGUCAUACAAAAAGAAUUUUGUGAAUAGUUUGCAAUAGUAAUGGUGCAGUUGCAUUUUGUGUUUACAAAACAGUUGCAUGCUUCUGAGUACAAGUAGUAUAUUCACUUUUCAUUUUGAUUUUUCUCAUUUUCGUACGGGAUAAGCUACCAUAUUGGAGCAAACAUGCACAUUGUCCUGGAUCCAUGCUCAGGAUAUUUGCAUUCUCGACCUUUUUUCUCCCAACCAUACCAUUAUAAGCCAUGUCAUGGCUAUAGCUUUGAACUUUGAGAUGAUGGUUGCUAGUUUGUUAUGGGAUAGACUCUACUGCAGGAUACAUUGGAGGAAAAUGCUAACCACUGUUGUUGAGAGCUUCAAAAAAGGUUGCUCUGUGUGAAUUCUGCAUUUGAAAAUAGAACAUUUGGGAAUGUAAUAACUCAUUUUCUGGACUGGACGUAUGACGGAACUGGAGACUGCUGAUAAUGCGGCACUAGAUGACUUUACCUAUGCUGAGGGAUAUUCUUGAAUAGCUGCUGGAUGUUGAUGAGAAUGUUGCCGAUCUUUUCUUGAUAAAAAAAAUUGGGUGUUGCCCUGUCUGCCACUUGGUAUCCUUCACUCCUACCCUAGGCUCAAAAUAUUGCUGUCAAGUUUGCGUAUGUGUUCAUUGCGAUGAGAAGACGUUGUGGAUCUUGGAAUGAGACUUGAGGCUUUUUAUACAAAGAUAAAUUAUCCAUGGUGCUCUUAUCUUUCUUGUCGGCUUACUAGGGGAAUUGAACUUAAGAUCAACCUUCUGAGGGAUAGCCAUCUGUAGUUUGCUACCUACUAAUAUUUGGAGAAGAUGGAACCAGGUGCAGUCAUGCAUACAAGUACUUGUUAGGAGGAACCACAUUGGAUCGGAGUUGGUAUCUUACAAUGACCAAUGAUGAUCAUGGUCUAAAACAAUCUGAAUCAGUUCCUCUGCCCCGAAAUGCGCCCUUUCUUGUAAGUUGCUUGUUGUUUAGAGGUUCUCUGUCAUUUGGCAGGUAAUAUAAAAAAGGAUUAGGAAGGGGCCGAAAAGGCAAAUAGACAAAUUGUAAUAUUUUCGGCUUUCUUUACCAAUUGAUUUCUACACCAGGCGACAUAAUUAAUGUGCAGUUUUGAAUGGCAUAAUUGAUUGUUUUGUGAGCUAGUUUGCAUCGCCAAUACUUUGAUCUUUUACAUAGGAAUGAAAUGUAAGCUAUGUUUUGAGUGAUUUACG